AGAAUCCCCUUUUCCUGGAUCUGGGGUGUGUAUAUAUGGGGGUCUGAGCUUUGACGGUACCUUAUUAUAUUGCUGAUUUAGUCUAACUGGGGUAUCUGUACUGUAAAAUUAUGCAUAGUUUAUUUUUUCUCUCUUUUCCCCGUUUUCCUUUUACAUGUAUUCUUGCAGAUUGAGGUAGAUUUUCGGAAACUUUUUCCUGAAAAUCACUCGCGUUUCCUGACCAAAUGGCCCGAGUUGAAGCCCAAGGUUGUUACACUUGCAAGACAACUUCUGAAGCAGAAAGGAAACUUGACAGUGAUGGAGCUUCUGUCAUCUUAUGACAGUUCUGAUCAAAAUAAAGAAGGAUGGAAUUCCAGCACAUCUGCUAUCCUCCUCCUCUUGUGCCUAUUGCCUCCUGCAAGCCAAGGGAAGUCCAAAGCUGCGUCAGCAAAAGUGUCCAUUUCUUCAGCUCUCUCGAGGGUUAUUCAAUUUCAGAAGACAGGAGGGAGUAUUCAAGCAUUCCUCGACAACACAAAAGAGACCAAGAGUCAACCGUUCCUUCUGGCAAUUGGCAAUUCCAAGGCCCGAAUCACCAACUACAUGAUCAUUGUGGAUCACAAGGCCAUUCCAUGUUCGGCACGCACGGUCGAAGCAGCAGUAGAUUUACUCUUCAAGACCCACUUUGUCUUUGGCCUGCAGUACUGCUUGUCUCUGCGGCAGUUCUGGACUUUUGUCCAGACUGCCAUUUUUGAAAUCGAUAUCGGAGUGUCCCGGGAAACACCAAGAGUACGUGAAAUUAGAUCGAAAUUGUUAGCACCAUGAUUUGCUUCAAAUGCCACAAACAGUUUGCAAUACCCAAAUUGGUUCAACAUUUG